GAUCAUGAUUUGUUUUCGCAUCGAGAGCGACAUACGUCAGGGUCACUCAAAAUCCGAAAGAGCGACGGGAACGCGACUCAGGUCUUCGCCGGCGACUUUUCGCGACUGCUGCCGUCGAGGACACGUUCCGGUCCACAGAUGCAUUCCGAUCUGUAAGCCCAUCGUAAUCUAGAAUAAUCUUUCGAUCGUAGCGAGAGCGUAGCGCGGCGCAACGUCUCGCGUAUAUGACGGACACAUUUCCAUUGUUCCACCCUCUCUCACCCUCCCGGCGCAUAAAGACCGUUUUAGGGCUUGGAACGAUUCGAGCGAUGGAUACCAAAAUUCCCGACGGGCCACCUGGUGUCGACCUUCACCCGACACCGAAAUGUCCGCAUGUCGUAUUCGGGGCGAGCUCCACCGCGACGGCGCAAGCGCAACCCGACGACGGGGUGCACUAUCUACAGCAAGUACUUUUGCGCACCUGCGGGGAACUGUGGACGAUUCCGGAAAAUGCUGUUGCGACAACGACAAAUUACUUCUCCCAUGAUCGGUCAAAGUUCAUUUCGCUUGACAUGAUGACUCAGCGUAUUCUUUCAUCAUCCCGCGUACUCGCGCAGCUCCUCGAUACCCUCGAGUGGCUAUUGUUGGCUGUUGCGGGACUGAAAAAAAAGAAUGAUAACAACGACAGCUCUUGUUCAGACAACACUCGCGGUGUGGUGCCACCUACGAGGGCUGUCCCCAUCAGUUAUCGGUCUGGUCUCGUUCGUUUCCAUGUGUGCCUCGUCGAGGUGUCGUAUAUGUUUACAUGCCCGCGUCUCUCGACGAAACAUCCUUCGUUUAUUCGCGAUUCCUCGCUAAAGUCGACUAUGAUCUGGCAUGUGAUAGAGCGUCUGCUGAAGAAAGGCAUUAUCUGGUUAACUCGGAAAUAUGUUUGGAGACAGAUGCCACGAAGCAGGAGGCGUCACCGCUCUCGUAGCCACUCGAGAACACGUUCACAUUCUGUAGGUUCCCCACAAUACGAGCAUAAGCGCAGACGUAUCGAGUAUGAGAGUCCACAGAGCAAAGGAACUUAUAGCGGGGAACGAGUGCUAAGAUCUCGUCAGCAUGAACGGGGAACUAGCCAGGAACGUCGAUACAAGCGUAGCCAUCGUAGAUCACCUAGCAGCGGCAGGCAGCAUGGACACCGCGAUCGUGAUCGUGAUCGUGCCCACUUGGCACAUCCCACGUCGUCUCGUCGUACGCGCGUUCACCGUCACCACGGCUCGUCGUCGCCCAGCCAGGAGCGACACCGCCAUCGAUCGCCGUCCACCAGGAGUCAGGUGAGUCCGAGGGACAACGCAUCGGUAUUAGCAUCGAUUAUUAUCGCCCUCCUGUCCGCGCUACAUGUUUUACUGCGUCACGUGACAUACGACCGAUGCUGGACUACCGUCGGCGGCGGCGGCGGUGGUUUGGCCGAUGCCGGACCACCGUCGGCCGCCUCGUCGUCGUCGUCGUCAUCGUCCUUUCAGGUUCCAGAACUGAAUCUGUUGAUGCCCGGAAGCGUCCCCUGGUGGCCGCGUCACGACUGGGACGCGUGGUUGCAGCGCAACGUCACCGAGACCACCAGGGAGUUCGACACGAAACUUGACGUCACUCCCGAAACUAACGAUACAUCGACUUCCGAGGGUUCGGCCUCGCACCCUGGACGGGGUCGUUACGCGCGCUCGUCCACCACGACGAGCGUGACGCAGAUGCUGAGCGAUUCCUGCACGAGCCUCCUGCAGAAGCUGACCACGAGGGUGCGCGGGACGUCCGCGCUUAACGAUCGCGGCGUCGGCGUCGGCACGAUCGCGAAACGAUCGCCCAUCAUCGGCCGAUUGGGUAACACGCGGACUCGCCUGGAGGACAAGUACAGCACGAUUCUGGACAAAUACUCCGGCAAGAGGCACGCCGACGAUUCGGAAAGAGGCGCCCGCGGUUACUCGCGGAGACAGGAGCGCGAUCACAGCUAUUAUCAUCGGGACGACAGUCCGUUUGUGCGCGACGACAAGACCCUGGAACCCUCGAUGACUCGUAGCGUCGUCAAGAGUCCGACCAGCGUGCUCCUCACCGAGAAAGCUUAUCCCUACGUAAGUUCGGCGAUAAGCAGGGAACCCAGGCGCGAGAAGACGCCCGCCUAUAGCCGUACGGAUCGACAAAUCUUACUGAGCUCGGAAGCGUACCGCCGCUACGGUAGGCACAAGUCCGGACACGCGGAAACGCGCAGUCGGAAGGUGAGACCGCACCGAAACGGCAAGAGCGAGCAGCUCGAGGCAAGCUCGACGUCUCUGAGACUGUCGCGGCCGGUCAAGAUCGAGCCGUUGACGUUCACGGACAAAGGCAAAGAGAUCGCGGUGGAUCCAGACAGGACUCCGGUCGCCAACAGACGACCCGACGAUCUCGGACCGGGUGGCCAAGCGAAGGAGAUUCAAAGCCUGAUCCUGAAGUACGCCGCCAUGGAGGACACCUACAGCCAGUUGGCGGCCGGUGGACAGGCGAACGUGCGUCCCAGCACGACGGACCUUAUCGCGAGCAAGUACAGGAAGAGCAAUCACCGGAAAGACAACCAGAAGGACGGCGACGCGUCCAAGGGCACGGUAGCCCCGGGUAGCGCGAGCGCGAUUAGCGAGGUGGACGCGGUCCACGACGCGAUCAGGACGCCUCGUCCGGAUUACGUCUGGAUGAACGCAGAUAAAGUACUGGCCACCCUAGGAGAGGGUACUUUUGGAAAAGUUGUCAAGGUUAAGGACUUGCAAAUGGAUCACGUGAUGGCUCUGAAGAUCAUCAAAAACGUGGAGAAGUACAGAGAGGCGGCGAAGUUGGAGAUAAAUGCACUUGAAAAGAUCGCUAAUAAGGAUCCGGAAGGCCAGCAUUUGUGCGUUAAGAUGCUCGAUUGGUUCAAUUAUCACGGACACAUGUGCAUUGCAUUCGAAAUGCUCGGUCUGAGUGUUUUUGAUUUUCUGAGAGAUAAUAGUUACCAGCCGUAUCCGUUGGAACAUGUUCGGCAUAUGGGUUAUCAGCUUUGUUAUGCCGUCAAAUUUUUGCACGAUAACAAGCUGACGCAUACAGAUCUUAAACCGGAAAACAUCUUAUUUGUUGACUCGGAUUACGACAGUACGUACAACAAUAAAAAGCGGAGAGAUAUGAGGCGUGUGAAACGAACUGAUAUCAGACUCAUCGACUUUGGUAGCGCUACCUUCGAUCACGAGCAUCACAGCACGAUCGUCAGUACGAGACAUUAUAGAGCACCCGAAGUGAUUUUAGAAUUGGGUUGGUCUCAACCUUGCGACGUUUGGUCCAUCGGUUGCAUCUUGUUCGAGUUAUAUCUGGGCAUCACCUUAUUCCAAACUCAUGACAAUCGCGAGCACUUGGCCAUGAUGGAACGUAUACUUGGCACAAUACCACAUCGCAUGGCUCGUAAAACUAAGACCAAGUACUUCUACCAUGGCAAACUGGAUUGGGAUGACAAGAGUUCGGCCGGCAGAUACGUACGAGACAAUUGCAAACCGCUACACCGUUAUAUGCUGUCCGAUGAUGAAGAGCAUCGCCAGCUGUUUGAUCUCGUCCAGAGGAUGUUGGAAUACGAACCCUCGCAACGUAUCACUCUGAAAGAUUCGUUGACUCAUCCAUUCUUUGACGCUCUACCGGCAUCUCAGAGACUGCCUGAUCCACGGGCAGCUGGUGAUUCUCAACAGUCGCACGAACGAUCACACUCACUCUCUCGAUGAAGCUAGGAAAGGGACCGACCUCCGUUCUGGACAGACACUCCACUUUCAACGACACUACUGCCCUACGUCUUCGUUCUGAUAUCAUUAGUUUUCAUGAAAACAUGUCUCUUUCGUAGCUACGAGGCUCGAUAACAUUAAACGGAAGCGAGCAUUAAUGUUCGAAAAAUAAUGCGUGCAUAAAUAAAUGUGUAUAAAUAAUGAUCAUUGAAAUUUUUCGCGAUUUAAUCCGUAUCGAUUUACUUUGGAAUAUGUAGAACCUAUACGUAGGGAAAACAGUAGUGCGGUGGUGCCGUGGAACUUGGACUAAUUCGAGUACAUUCAGCGACAAAUGAUUAGAUACAUUCAACGACAAACGAUUAAGUCACUACCUAUUACCUGAUAAGGCUUCUGGUAGUCACGAUUGUUUGAUUUUUAUCGCGAUUGUCGAUUUAUGAAACAGCGACGAAGUCCCUGUUACUGGCGCGUAAAGGCCAGUGUGUCUGCUCAGUGUAGCGUAACAGAGUCCCACAAUUGUAAACAAUUUUUUAAACGCUCUUCUGUACAUUUUUUGUCCUUUAAAUUUAUUACUAUGUUAUUAUGCGAUAUAAACGAAUUUGGGAUAAAGAUCACUUUUCGCGGUUUGCAAUUUAUAAUCUAUUCGAUAUGAAUUGACGACCACGAAUGUAUUCUAGUAAGUAUCAGACUAGUGAUAAAAAGGAAGAUAGUUUUACGCGUGCACAUUGAUAGAGUUUACAGAAAUCGAGAAAAAGCGAGUGAACGAGAGAGAGAAAAGGAGUGUGUGAAUAUUGAUCACCAAUUCAUCGUUGUGAAUUAUAUACAUCUUGAAACGUACGAAUACAUAUGUAAUUGUCUUAGAAAAUAUUCUUUUAAAGAUUCUUUUCUUUCAAUUUCAUUUCUGAUGCAGUACUUGCCAAUUUACCAUUUUUGAGUUUUUGGCCUAAUUAAACAAAAUUUUUUUCUUGAUUAUAUAUUAUUAUCUUACAAGAGUUUAAAUUAAAUUGAAGACACACGCGUCGAGUAUUACAAAAAGCGAUCAUGAAAAGCCAAUGUUAUCACAGAUCUUUGACUUGCACAACUGUAUCACCCGUAUAAGUUUUGUUUGACCUUAGUUGUAUUAUAUCUGCGAAAUGAAAAAUAUUAUACCUGCUGCUCGUCAAACAGGGAUGUCUACUUCUUCAAGAAGAAAAAACGAUAUUUCGAGUAGCAAUAAAUAAAUACACUUCUU